AUGAAGUCAAUAUUUUUCGGUCUUUCCCUCGUUGGCGCGGCUGCGGCUCAGAUAGUCAAUGGUGUGUCCAUGGUCUCGGUCGAGGCCAGCUCUUCUGCUGCCUCUGCUUCGGAACCGGUCGCCAGCACCUCCGAGGUGGCCCCCACGGGCACCCCGGCAUCAGGCCCUGCUGAUGUUAACUACGGCGCUUCUGGCCCACCAGCCCCAACACCCGCACCCGCGGGCCCUCCUGCCCAAGAUUUCUACCAGAUCAUGCCCUACUCGCAGUACCAGAGCGGAGGAUACCAGAACCUCGACUGUGGUUACGGUCACUCCAGGAAUUCGCAGGGGUACUGUAUGCCUGAGUCAUGGUACCAACCAUCAAUCCAGGGAUGUUAUGCCACUAUCAUCAUCAACAACGGAAACAAGUGGGGCCAGUACUGCAACAACUACGUCCACACCGUCACUGUCCACAACACCGUCACCGCGACUGCCACGGUUGUUAAAACCGAGACGAAAGUUGUUCCUACAACUGUCACGAAGCACGAAACGGAGGUCCAGACUCGCGUGCAGACCGACAUCCGAUCCGUCACCCAGGUUGUCACUUCGACUGAAGUUGUCCCCACAACGCGUGUUUGGGUCUCUACGGAGAUCAUCGACCGAACCAAGGUUCUCGAACACACUUUGACCGCCACGGAGACCAAGACGCAAGUCAACGUCUAUACUCAGACCGCUACCCGUACCGAUACCGCGACUGAGACCCUCAAGGAGACUCAAACCGACUUCGUCACCAAAACCGAACUCAGGACAAUCGUUCAACCUACGACUUUCACCAGCGUCUGGGUGAAGACCAAGGUCAUUGACAACACUAAGACCUUGUUGGAGACGCAAACGGCCACUGUAACGGACAAGAUCACUUCUGUCGAGACGGCUACUAAGACCGACACCGUCACCGAUUUCAAGACCGUUACACAAGUCAGCACCUACGUCAAGCCCACUACCUUCACAUCCGUAUGGGUUAAGACUGAGGUUAAGGACAACACCAAGACUGUCUUGAACACCAUCACUUCCACCAUGGUUGAGGAUCGCACGCUCUUGACCACUUUGAUCUCCACCGCGACAGCUACCUCGACGGAAACUGCCACUGCUACCGAAACUGUCCUCCAGACCGCUCUUUCUGACUGCUUGGGCAGGUGCAAGUCCAGCUGGGGCUUGACACAGGGCAACAGCAACAGCUGGAACACAUAUGCCUCCGCUCCAGCCCCAAGCUCUUCCUGGGCUGCACCGUCGGAGUCCAUCGCCACAGCCGCUGCUCAAGCCACGGGUAGCUCGUGGAACUCGUACGGUUCCUCCGGCAGCUCUUACGGAAGCUCAUCUGGUAGCUCCUACGGUUCAUCUGGUAGCUCCUACGGUUCCUCUGGCAGCUCCUACGGAAGCUCGUCAGGAAGCUCUUACGGUUCAUCAGGCAGCUACUAA